GAAGAUGCAUAUAUCCAAAACACCUAAUACCGCCUCUCCCAACGACGGUUAACCGGAAAUUCUCAUUCCAGUGACUGUAAAAGAACAUAACUCAUAAGAGCACUCUAUAGUCUAUACUCUAGUCUCUGUAUAUAUAUCGUCACUCAAUCCAUUAUAAACCACACUCGGAAAACACAACACUGAAGUCAAAAUCCUUUCUUUCUUUGUAUUACUAUUGGGUCUCCAACUCAAAUCAAAUUUGAAAAAGCAAAAAAGAAACUAAAAGUCUAAAACAAAAACAAAAGCAAAAGCAAAAGCAAACAAUGGCGGCGUACCCGGGAAUGAGCAUGGGAGAGGCGCACAGAAGAAUAACGGAAUACCUAAACCGCUUCUCCGACGCCGUGUCGAACCAAGACGCCGCCUCUCUCCGCUUCCUCCUCUCUCUCUCCUCCAACUCCCCUUUCCUCCUCUCCCUCGCCGACGCCCUCAACACCUUCCAAGACUCCGGCCGACUCAUCAAGCACUCCGAUCACUACUCCCAGUUCUCCGAUAUCCUCUUCAACCUCUUCCGCUCUCUCCAAACCUAUCGCCUCGGUAACCUCUUCGAUUCCUACCAAGCCUUCGAAAAAUCUGCCAAUGCUUUUAUCCAGGAGUUUCGGAAUUGGGAAUCGGCGUGGGCUUUGGAAGCUCUCUAUACUCUUGCUUACGAAAUUAGGGUUCUUGCUGAAAGGGCUGACAGGGAAUUGGCUUCCAAUGGGAAAUCGCCGGAGAAGUUGAAGGCGGCCGGCUCGUUUCUCAUGAAAGUCUUUGGGGUUCUUGCUGGGAAAGGCCCGAAACGUGUUGGAGCAUUAUAUGUGACUUGCCAGUUAUUCAAAGUUUACUUUAAGCUUGGUACAGUUCAUCUUUGCCGCAGUGUGAUCAGAAGCAUUGAAACUGCUCGUAUAUUCGAUUUUGAGGAAUUUCCUAAAAGAGAUAAGGUCACCUACAUGUAUUACACAGGGCGUCUGGAAGUGUUCAAUGAAAAUUUCCCUGCUGCCGAUAAUAAAUUAUCAUAUGCCUUGACACAUUGCAAUCCUCGCAGGGAGGCAAAUAUAAGGAUGAUACUGAAAUAUCUGAUCCCUGUGAAGCUUUCCAUUGGCAUCUUACCUAAAGAUUGGCUCCUGGAGAAGUAUAACCUGGUUGAGUACAGGGAUGUUGUGCAAGCUCUAAGAAGGGGAGAUCUCCGACUUCUUCGCCAUGCUCUUCAAGAGCAUGAAGACCGCUUCUUAAGAUCAGGCGUAUUUCUUGUACUAGAGAAGCUAGAACUCCAAGUUUACCAAAGAUUGGUAAAGAAAAUUUACAUCAUUCAAAAGCAAAAGGACCCAACCAAAGCUCAUCAAGUGAAGUUGGAAGUAAUUGUUAAAGCAUUGAAAUGGCUUGAGAUGGACAUGGAUGUGGACGAGGUGGAGUGUAUAAUGUCCAUACUAAUAUACAAGAAUCUUGUGAAAGGGUACUUCGCGCACAAGAGCAAAGUGGUAGUUCUAAGCAAGCAAGAUCCAUUCCCUAAAUUAAAUGGAAAGCCUGUCAAUUCAUAGGAUCUCAAUGGCAAUAGAUGGUUCCAUUUGUUUAGCCAUAUGGCUUCUGUUGUAUUUGAUGUAGAAAAAUUGGUAAAUUUUGAUUGGGCAAGGAUCAGCAUUGCACAGCGCUGAUUAUUUUAAAGGGGUUUUUUUCACCCUCAUGAGUAAUAAAAAAAUACGAGUUCACUUACAA